AUGCCACUUAAAACUUCAUUCAUCCUUUGCUUUGCCACUUUGUUGAGCUUUUGUGCAGUCACACUUUCCAUCAGAGUGGUAGAGCCCAAAUGGAUCGACGACAGGAUUAAAAGGCCUCUAGGAUUCAAAGCAUUCUACACCAAGCCAACUGAAACGGAUAAUUGUUCCGUUGAAAUCAACUUCCAAAGGGAUUUUAACGAUCAACGUUAUCAAUAUGACGUUUAUGCAGUCUUUGAGAACGGACAAAGGUAUUAUUUGAAGCCAGACGCUAAUGUCAGUACAGAUACGUUGUUGGCUGCCGUUGAAGCAACGCCGAAAGGUCAACGUGGAGCCUAUAUGCUCCAAUCCGGCUACACUCUCACUCCUGUGAUUGUGAACAUUUGCAACAUUGGGGCAAAUGAUACAAAUUAUCCUCCUGAUCUUAAAGGUGAAAUACCCAAGAAGUUUGCCGUUCAAGCAACUCCUGCUAAUGUUGUACAUGCGGAUAAAACCGUUUGGCUCUCCACUCCGUUUGGGUUCGUCAGUACGAACAAUGCGACACCACCCAGUGUUACCGAUGUCAAAGCGCUCAAAUCGACGAAAGAUCAAUUGAGUAACCAAAACACGAUCAACGUUCAGUGGAAAACUGCUUCAGAUCACAGCGACGUCAAAGGAUAUUUCAUCCUUGCAGGCCCGGCAGAAGAUGCUUCUCAAGUUUCAAGUGUUCUCAUCGAAGAUCCUAACGCGACUCAAGGUCAAAUUACCCUUGGCUAUCAUACAGUGGGCUAUGAUGUUGCCGUUGUCACUUAUGCCACAUCAGGCGCUCUUACAAGUCCAGCUGUAGCAGCACAAGUGAAUAUCACCCAGACAUAA